GAAACAUUGUUUUUCAGAGGAUUAUUUGGUAAUCUCGUUUUAAAAAACAUGUGAAAUAAGGUAGCAUGGUUGAGGAUGCUGUAGGAACAUAUUCUCAGGCUAAUUAUGAUGAAUAUGAAUUUUAUAACGGUGAUGAGACGCUUUUUAAUAUAACCAAGAACUGCCUCAGAUCUUCUUAUUAUCAAAUAUAUGAUAAAAUCCUAAUUUAUUUAACCGUUUGUAUUAUAACUGGUAUUGUUAAAUCAUUAGACAUUAAUUUUUAUAUUAAAAAAUCAGUGAUUAUAUUCUUAGGAAUCUAUAUUCUACAUUAUUAUUUUGCUUUGGAUUGUGUAUACCUACUUGUAUUUAUCUUUUCCAUAUUCUCCAUAUCGUUAAUUAAUCAUGGAAAUAAGUGGAAUGAUAUCCUGUUCAUGUGUGAAGCUGCAAUUCUUUUAUGUUCAUUUGGGCAAUUUAUUGUGCUUAGUACAGAUACAUGGGAUAAAAUAAGAGGGUCAUUGAUGAUCAUAAUUAUGAAAAUUAUAUCUAUUUCUUUUGAUCAAAGUAUGACAAAAAAUAUCCAAAAAGUUAAUAUUUAUGAAAAAUAUCAAUUAAACAAAAGUUGGAGUUGGCAAAAACAAUUAGAAUUAUUAGAAUAUCUUUUUGAUCCUGGAACAAUAAUAUUUGGACCAUGGAUUUCAUUCAAACAUUUUGAAAAUUCUUCGCACAGCAAUUUGAAUUAUAAAGAAACGAUUAAGAAUGGAAAAUAUUGGCUUUACUUGAUUAAGUCCUUCAUACUUUGCGCAAUAUUUUUUGGAAUGUCUAGUUGUAUGGAGAUCAUAGUAUUAUACUCUACCUCAAUAAGUUUUAUUCAGAGGAAAUUGGUUACGGCUUAUAUUCAAGCACUCUCUUUUAGAAGCGGCCAUUAUUUUGUAAGUUAUUGUUCACAGCUGACUUCCUUAUUAUCGUUAAAUUACCAUUUUGAAAAAGAUCUCGGGGUUACUUCUGUCACGCAUUUUUCUGAAAUUGAAUAUCCUCGUUCCCUCGUGGAUGUUUGCCAAUCUUGGAAUAUACCGAUGAGUUUUUGGUUGAAAAAAUAUGUAUUCGCUCAAUCAAAACUCUAUUUGGGCACAUUCGCAGGAUUGAUAAUAACCUACCUCAUAAGUUCACUCUUACACGGUUUUAACUUUAGAAUCUCGGCCAUUUUGCUGUCUUUGGCUUUUUAUACAUACGUGGAAUUCGUGUUAAGGCGUUUACUGAGCAAAAGAUUUAGCGCAUGCGUAGAAGCUAAGGAAUGCCCAGAAUCAUGUCAACACACUUUCGGAAAAAAAAACUGGAUCGUAAAAAUUGUAAAUACGUCAUUCGCGUUGUUAGCGAUUUUUCAUUUGGCUUAUCUAGGCGCUCCCUUUGGACUAAACUUAGAUGACGACAGUGAUACAACUAACAAUAAUAUUACGCUGCAGCUUACGGUAAGGAGAUGGAGUCAAUUAGGAUUUUUAAGUCCGAUUAUUGUACUGUUGACAUUUUUAUCGAGUUUUUUGCUCAAAUUAUUUUAAAUAUUAAAGUAUUAUUAUAACAUUUGUAAUUUACCAUUUAAUUGACAUUCUCAUAUAUACAAUGUAU